AUGCCACAACCACCUGCACUUCGUAUCACACAAUCCACAACGUAUGAAAGACCCAAAAACCAAAGCCAUCGAGAUGUCGACAAUGAGCUGUUGCUGGGGACAUUGGAUGAUGUGUUGACGACGCGAUUAAGGCAGCUGAUCGCAAAGGAUGCCGGAACUCUCGAAAAAGAUGUUAUGCGCAACGUGCUCCUUACCAGAAAAUCGAUUCCAUACGGGACAAUGAAUAUCGUGCAGCAUCAUAUCAACCAGGAUGGACACAACCUAUCAACGCAGCAGAUAUACGAUUUAUAUAAAACCAGACACAUCAAACCAAUCGACCGAUGGAAGGCGAUCGUCGAGCAACGAUUUGAAGAGGUUUUUCACGAAGAGCAGAAAGCGUUCCUGACCACCAAUCAAGAUGAGGAUGAGGAUGAAGAGGAUGAGGAAGAGGAUGAGGAGGAUGAGGAUGAGAAUGAGGAUACGAGAUCGACACCUCCGAUUGGGAUGCAGAAGCUGCUUAGAGAGGAUCUUGAAGAGCAAGGAUGCAUGAUUGCGCGGUUACGAGAAGUCGCGGAGAUCGUUACCACUUCCUUGUCUGAUGUUAGUGCAGUGAUGAGAGCAAGCAUUUACGGAUUGGGAGUCAAAGAAUUUCGAUUGCAGAACAAUGCAAUUACAAUCACCAACACAACAAACACGUUCACGUUCUCUGAUGUUUUGCCACAAGCUUAUCAACUGAAGGAUCAUACGCAUAUUGUUGAUGGCGUGAUCUAUGCAGCAAAAGUCAAUUGUCAACUUGCGAACCUGGAUUCAGUAAAUAACCCAGCAAUUGCCGACAUCAAUCAGCUGUACACUUUUCAUCAUUUGUCAUUCAUUUUUACGCGAAUCAGCAAAGAAGGAAUCAGAAAUGAAUCACAUCCUGUAUGGAAUAGCAUACAACCACGGCUCAAGAUGGAUCACGUUGACACUACCAGAUUGAGCAAUACAAUAUAUUCCGCUAUUCGUACAUUAGCAGUAAACUUCGCCAACAUGUGGAGUAAUGCGUCAAUAUUCAAAAAGUCAUUGGAUUCAUUGCUCCAAGCGCUUUUGACUAUCAACUUGAAGGAGAAGGCCAACAAGGAGAAGCCCCAGAAAACGGCACGACUUCCCACGCGACGAGAAAGAGAUCAAAAGAAGCAGACAAAGGCCCGAAUUAAGCAUGAACAAAAGGAAAUGGCAAAGCAUAUCAGAAUCGCGGUUGAAUAUCCUGUCACAAAUACCAAAUCAAAGCAGAGAAUUGCAUCCUGUAUGAGACGCCUGUGUCGGUUAUCGGAUACUACAAAGGAUCAGGAGAUGGUUGACGCCACUGAAAUGACUGAAGGAUUGGAAAAACUUGAUAUAUCAUCAUCAUCAUCAUUGAUGUGCAUUGACGAAGAUAAGAAUGAAGGAGUUCAACAAGAUGAUGACAUUUAUGAAGAAGAUGAAGAGGAUGUCGAAGAUGAAGAAAUCAACAAUGAAGGAACGGAUCCCAAUAGCAGCAACCAGUCUACAGCUUCAGCAAAGCGUAUUCGAGCCCUGAAAGCAGUUGUGAAAAGGAUAUUGGAAAGUGAUGAAAUUCACCAAGCGGCAUCAGAAUCAGACGUGGAUACAUUCAUUCUGGAACACACCAAAAAGUUGGAAAAGCAUGAAGCGUCGGUUGUAACCAGCAUCAGCAAAGCAAUCCUGCCAUUCAUCCCAACCAAAAGCACGUCUUGUUUUAUCACUCAGAUUCCACUUGUGGUCUUGGCCAACAAAAUUCUUAUAUCUAUUGGAUUCGACAAUUGCAUUGAGCUUGUAUGCCCUGACGUUAAGCCCAGUUCCAUUCACGCAUUGUCAUUGAACGCAAAAAUGUUAUAUGAAAUAUUGACACCUCAUCAAAAUGGAUAUCCCAUUGGACCUUAUCAGGUGGUACGUGCCCAUGCCGACGGUCAAACUAGCGCAAUCACCUCGGUUGAAGCAGCUAGAAAGGAGAAGGACGCUAUGAUAUGGUCAUUUUUCGAUCGAAGAGCAGUCGAGGGCUUGCUUUCAUCAUACAAUAUGGAGGAAUUGCGACUCGUUGUUUUCACCGUUGAUGGGACGGUACGAUUUGUUGGCAAGAUGGAUACUUCUCAUCCACCCAUUUUUUCAGCAUAUGAGAAACGCGAGAAGAAGAAGAGACCAGAGAAGAUUGACAUGCAAGAUGAUCAAAGCAUGAGGGAUCAGCUGGAGGAACUGGAAGAAAAUGCCGAUCAGCAACAUCGUAUGUUGGAAGAGAAACACGCGCAGAUGCGGACAUUGUCGACGUUGGUUAAUCGUUUGGAUACUUUGUUCAAUGCGGCUUCCGGGAAAAAGAAGAUGGCAAUGGGUGUAACAAGAAAAUGGUUCAAGAGAAAGUUCCAAGAUGAACACCAUGAAAGCUUGCUCUUGCGUCGUCAAUGGAAGAACACACGUAAUGAGAUUUGGAGAAUUCGCAAUGGAAAAGCAAUGGCAAUACACCCACCACAUGCCAGAAAAGUUGUACGUCCUGACAAGCCUUUUUAUGAAGAUACCGGUGAUCGUUUCAUAUUCGAAGGUCCCCAGCAGAUUGCUUUCGGUGGUGUCGAUUAUGGCCAUUGUGUGAUGGCAAGCAUGGUACCUGUGACAAAGGAUGAGGUAGAAAGGGCAGUCUCCAACUACAACCACCCAGAGCACCAAAUUCAUGAUCAUCCUCCAAAGCCGCACAACACCACAAGCGAAGAAUUGAAUUACCUUACAGGCCAUUUGAAGAUGAGAGCAAAGAUGAAUAAGAACAAGAAAGGGGAAGUCAAGGAGGCUGAACGAGAGCUUGCUGAUCUGAAAUUUGCUACCACGUUUGAUCCUGACGCCAUUAUCCGUAAACAACAACAACGUGUCGCUUUAGCACCCACCCUGCGCAGAUACUAUUAUUCACCAAGAAUCAUGAAACAACGCAGACACAAAGCCUUGCGACAACGACAUGUAUAUAGUCAAGUGUGCAAAGAUGAACGGCGUUAUGUAAAACAGCAUUGCAAGGUUCACAAACCGAGUUCAACACGACCAAUCAUGUGCAUAGGCUUAGCUGGAACGGGAGUGGGUAGUCGCUUGAAAGGACGCAAUCGACGUGGGGGUCUCUGGCAUCGAAAGCAUCACUUACAAGCAGGGCCAACUAUUGUGCAGGACGAGUUUCGUACAAGCCAAACUUGCAUGACUUGCUUUUCCCCGCUUGUUAAAAUGCCGGCAACUAUCAUCAAGGAUGGCAAGCGGAAGAGGACUACAGUCCAUGGUGCAUUAAUGUGUAUAAACCGUGAAUGUUCAAGUUACAAGAAGGGUACAAAUACCUUUUCCAGAGACGCACUGUCUGCCCGGGCGAUCGCCGUGAAUGCAGCGACAAUGAUGUUCAGCAAAGACAAAAGGCCAUUUCCUCCGUUUGAUCCGAUUCAUCCCAACAAGGACAGAAUAAUUGAAUUGAAAUAA